GCCCCAGACGGCCGAUUGCCGGCGUCCAAAAGUGAUUCUCUUUCGUUGACGACAACUCCGGUACCUGGGCCUUGUACCCAUUGUCCAUUCAAGAGUCAUCUUUUUGACGGAGAUCCCACAACUCCCCCACGGCCGGUGCCAGUCUAGCGAUUGCGCCAUCCACGCUUGCAGCUUUUUUUGCCAGUUGUUUCCUACUUGUUCCCUCCCGUAGGGUCUUGAUACUAGCCUCAGUCUCUAGCCUGAGAACCUCAGCCUCUCCUUGAAUGCUUGGGAUCGAGUUUUGAUCUUUCUCACUCGUUCGCAUACACAACAACUCCCGUUUCUGUCUUUGUAUAAAAAGUCACAAGGCCAAGACUUGAACUAGCCCUAUCUCCGGGGAUACCGCGCAGGAGACAAACAUUUCAGUCCAAGAGCCUCAUCCUCAUCGCCAGAGUCUAGACUCACCUCACUUCAUCAUGAGCGACACCACUGCUGUCGCCAACGGUCAGACCCGACCCAAAUAUGAAAGAAUCCAAUCCCAACCGGAGAAUCCGUUCGCGGCUCUCAUCCCAGACCAGCAAAUUGCCGUGAUUCCUUCCUUCACGCUAGAGUCGGGUGUCACGCUUCACAACGUCCCUGUGGCCUACACCACCAGGGGCACUCUCAAUGCCGAUGGUGACAAUGCCAUGGUCAUCUGCCACGCCUUGACUGGCAGCGCCGAUGUGAGUGACUGGUGGGGCCCCCUCCUGGGCGGACCUGGUCGGGCCUUUGAUGUCUCUCGCUUCUUCAUCGUCUGUUUCAACAGCUUGGGAAGUCCUUACGGCACCGCCAGCCCCGUCACCGCCAAGGACGGCGAUCCGACCAAAGGUCGCUACGGCCCCGAGUUCCCCCUGACCACCAUCCGGGACGAUGUCAGGUUGCACAAGCUGCUGCUUGACGACUUGGGCGUGCGCCAGGUAGCCGCCGUCAUCGGCGGUUCUCUUGGCGGCAUGUUUGUUCUCGAAUGGGCCUACUUUGGCAAGGACUACGUGCGAUGCGUCGUUCCCAUCGCCACCUCGAGCAGGCACAGCGCUUGGGGCAUCAGCUGGGGUGAGGCUCAACGCCAGUCCAUCUACGCCGACCCCAAGUAUGACGACGGCUACUACUCCUUUGAAGACCCACCCUCCACCGGUCUCGGAGCUGCCCGCAUGUCCGCUCUCCUGACCUACCGGAGCCGAAACUCCUUCGAGGCCCGCUUCGGCCGGAACACCCCCGAUCCGUCCCGCCGGCAGAUCAUCCGCGAGCGGCCCACCCCGUCGACCCCCUCGGAGGCGCACUUCCACAUCCACAACGACGGACACAAGGUGAAGCGCACCAACCUGUCUCGCUCCAACAGCCCCGUCGAUGCCACCGCCACCGCCGCCGCCGCCAGCAAUGCCACCCAAGAAGCGGAAGUCCAAUCCGACCCCCAGUUCCACGGUCCCCAAAAGACCACCACCACCGCCACCAUCACCAGCCUCACCGGCGGCGACGUCAUGCCCCCGCAAUCGACCUACUUCUCCGCGCAGUCCUACCUGCGCUACCAAGGCUCCAAGUUUGUCAAGCGCUUCGACAGCAACUGCUACAUCGCCAUGACGCGCAAGCUGGACACGCACGACGUUUCGCGGGGGCGGGCGGCUUCCAUCGCCGAGGCGCUGGCUUUGAUCCAGCAGCCCACGCUGGUUUUGGGCAUCGAGAGCGACGGGCUGUUUACCUUUGCCGAGCAGGAGGAGCUGGCGCAGCAUAUCCCCGACUGCCGCCUUGAAAGGAUCGACAGCCCUGAGGGCCACGAUGCGUUCUUGCUGCAGUUUGAGCAGGUUAAUCGGUACAUUCUCAACUUCUUGAGGGAGGUGUUGCCGGAUAUUAUGAACAAGGAUGUCCCUGAGGGUAGCGAGGCGGUGGAGAGUUCGGUUGGGCAGAUUACCAAGAGUAGUACUUUUGGAGAGGCGGAGGUGGAGGAUAUUACUGCUUGGUAAAGGAAGGGGAGGGAGAGAAAGGAUCGGAGUUUGGUUUGGGGGAUAGACAGGAAGAGGGAGAGGAAGAGAGGAGACAAAGGGAAGGAAGAGAGCAGCAACGAUGUUCAACUCAUCCAAGUUUAACUGCUUUGGGAGACGGAUGCAAAAGGCUAAAUAUCAACCAGGAGAUGUCUACAGUCAUCUAGAUAGAACAGCGAAAAAAAAAAAUACCAGAAGAAGUCCACAUUUUA